AUGCUCACGCGGCUGCCACGCCUUACUUUCACACGCCUCUACAGCACUAUUAUUCCACCCUCGUCUUCAAAGCCUUCACAGGCGUCUGCAGCAGGCAACAUGUCCGAGUCCACCCCGGAGGACAAGAAGCAGCCCCUUCCACUCCCGGCGCCCGAGCAAGACACCGCCGCCGGCGGCAGGGGCGAUGGCGUGAUGGCGCUACGCGUGGGUGAGUCCGUCCGGCUCGACGCGCUGGGCCCGCUCGUGGUCAACGCCGACGGGUCGAUGGGAAGGGUUGGUAAUUGGGCGGGCAUGACCGAGGGGGAGAGGGAGGCCACGCUGAGGCUGCUGGGGAGGAGGAACAAGCAGCGUCUGGAGGCUCUCAAGGCGAACAAGGCCGAGGAGGAGAAGCAGAAGGGGGAGUAG